UUAUCGAUCCAUCAAAAACGACUGAACCCCAGACAGUGGACCUCAGCACCUCCAUCUGCUGAACCAUUUACCUUCUGAAUUGGCUUUACCCGCGGUUGAAACUGGCCGAAUUCUCUGUCGUCCGCUUCUUUUCUUAACCGUAUCGGAGUCAAGGUUGAGCCAGUCUCCCCUUUGUUAUCGCUCUCCGGCACUCCCAUCUGCUGUGUUUUUCUGUUAGAUAGCGAAUACUCCGCUAGGACCCAGCACCUCCUAGCACCCAGCACCCAGCACCACCCCGUACCCGCCAGCCCAAGCUUCACUGCUCUCCCACCCUUCGAUUUUGUUUCGGGUUCGCGUGUGCUGCUAUCGGACAGCAGGCACGCCCGGAGAAGAAAGGUUGAUUAAAAAUGGGAAACAGCCCCUCCACAUCAAAACCCACGAGCCAGUCGUCAUCCUUCCAAUCCAACGCCCCAGGAAGCCAAAAUGAGUCUCCACGGUCCGUGAGGCGAGAUAACAAACAUCCGAUUCCGGUACAGACUCACCGGGUCGCCGCCCCGCCCGAACACUCCCUCACCCAAGCCCAGGGCACCGCCGUCCAGCCACCGUCCAGCAGCAGCAACCGGCCAAAAUCACUGCAGCACCGACCCCGCGCCGCAUCCCCCCCGGGUUAUUCCACCCCGUCGUCCUCGGUGACGGCUGACCGCUCCACGACGGUUGCGAAGCCCGUCGACGUCAAGCAGGGCAUACCCGGCCCCUCGCAUGAGCCCGCCAAGCCCGUGGCUGUCCCUUAUUCUCACAACUCGCCUUCGUCCUCGAGGUCGCCCCGCUCACCAAGAUCCGAAGACAUAUACGAAUCCGUCGUCAUGCCGCAUAGUAGCUUGCAAGAUAUGUCGUAUAUGACGCGCCCGCCGCGGCUGCCCCUCCCCAUCGAGGAGGAAGUCCACACGCCCGGGUCGCCGAUUAUCUCGCCUGCCGAUAUUGGACAGCCAUUGGAGGAUGUCGAGGAGUUGGAUUCGCAAGGGCUGGUGCGCCCCCCGUCAAAUGUCAGCAAUGCUUCGGUGUUGGAGGAUGAUGACCCAGAGGGACUUUUGGUGGACAAGAAUAGGCCGACGGUGCCCACGAGGUUAGAAUGGAAGCGCGGAGGUGACAAGGUCUACGUUACGGGGACCAUCUUUCAGUGGAAUCGCAAGACGAGGUUACACCCGGUCGAGGGACGGCCAGGUGUAUAUGCGACCACGAUCGACAUUCUCCCCGGCACCCACCACAUUCGAUUCUUGGUAGAUGGCCAAAUGCAGACAUCCCCCGACCUCCCAACAACUGUCGACUUUGGAAAUAACCUUGUCAACUACAUCGAAGUCAACCCAGACGACCUCCCCUCCGCCGCGGAAAGUGGUGCCGCGGCAGCUGGAGCUCCGGCCAAGGACGGACAGCAGACGACUGAGAGGUCGCAGAACCCCGUCUCGGAAGAGGAGUCGAACCAGCAGCAGCCAAAAGCCAGCUUCAGGGACUGUCCGCCAGCCGAGCUGUUUGCCCACAAGAUCCCAAGAUAUCUCCUCGACUUUGAUCUGCAGGAGGAUGCGCCACAGUACAAUACUGCCUGCUCGGCGAUUGAGAAGCUCCCCAUGCCACCAGCACUUCCCGGCUUCUUGGGCAAGCCGAUUUUGAACGCGGCGACGCUGAUCAAGGACGACAAUAGCGUUUUGAACAUGCCGAACCAUACGGUGUUGAACCACUUGGCGACGAGCAGCAUCAAGAACAACAUUUUGGCAGUUUCAGCGACGACGAGGUAUAAGAGCAAGUAUGUGACCACGAUCAUGUACAAGCCCACGACGACAGAAGGGAUUUAGAUAUUUUCUUUUUCUUACAUGAUUUAACGCUAAUUCCAAGAAUUAUUACUAUCAUGGAUUGGUGGUGACGGGAGGCAGGGCUUUGUUUUUUUGCAUGGCAGUGCUUUUAGAGGCCGGGGUUUCUUGGAGUAAUAUGAAUUGGUGGCCAGACUUUGGUAACACGAUCAGAAGAUGAUGGUGUGUGUGUAUGCCGGGCGGGCUACGUUUUUGAUGAUCUGAAAGUGAAAGAGAUAUCACUUGGACUCAUGUGAGAAUUGCGUGUCUCGAUAUCAUGUAUGUCGGAGCUUUUGUUGAAAGGGGGAAAUGACAAGUGGGUUGGGUGAUGGACUGUUUGAUCCAAACGGCCACCAGCCCGAUCAGAUACAAAUACAACUACCUUUUCACAAGGGGUCCAAAAAUGUUU